AGGGGAUUUAGGCUCGGCGCGAUGAAGUUGAACAGGAUCUUGGCUCCGGCUCUGCUGGUUCUCUUCUCCCCGUCUUCGGCUUGACGGAUGGGAGGAAGAUUCUCCAUCGCUAAAGCUUGACCGUUUCUUCUCCUGCAAUUGAAAGGGAGAACGCCUCAGAACCGAGAACACUAGAGCAAGAACUGGACCCGGAAAACUUCAUCGUCUCUGAUCAAGAGGAUUCUGUAGCUUCUGGAUCACGAGUCGACGCUAGCGUCCACGACUCGUCGCUUGCGAUCGCUAAGGACGUCCAUAUUUUCCGGUCGAUGGCCACCGUUGGCCUAACCGUGGCAGAACAGAGCAGGUAAAGUUCGUGCAUAGAGAACUCGGGAUUCUCUCGCGUGAAUCGAUUUCGUGGACUGCUUCAUCUUUAUUCCCCUCCGUGACCUUGAAUCCUCCUGUUGCUGUCGCUUUAAUCACUCCGCCGUCACCAGUUCUGCUCUCUUGACGCCUCAAACCGACAAAGCUCUGUACUUCAAUCUCUGUUCAAGCUUCAUUACCGGCACUAGUCUUCACAGCCAACCGAGCCCAGGAACUUCUCUUAUAAUUGAACAACCGAUUUUGAUCAGGAUUCCUCGCUAUUUAGGUUACACCAGUAUGCUCUCUAUCAAAGAUAUAGUUCCUGCUGCACUAAACAACAUAACCACACAAUUCAUUCUUUUGGACAAGGGGAAGGUAGCCACGGAAGGCCAGAGCAAGACAUGCUUGGCGCUUGUGGCCGAUGAGAGCGCGGCUGUGCAUUUCCAGUUUUGGGGUGAGGAGUGCGACCUGUUCAAGCCUGGGGAUAUUAUCCGUUUGACCAAUGGAAUUUUCUCUUACAACAGGAACCAUCUUCUGUUGAGAGCAGGGAAGAGAGGGAGCAUCGAGAAGGUGGGCGAAUUUACCAUGACUUAUGUCGAGACUCCCAACAUAAGCGAGAUGCGCUGGGUUCCCGACGCCAACAAUUCUAAAAAGUAUGUGCAGGAAGCUGUUAUAUCUCCUUACUCUCGUAUUUUCCCUCCGAUGCUUUGAUGGUGAAUGUGAGGUUUAUUUGCUGUUAUUGUUGGUUGCAAUAUAUAGACAAGCAUAUGUGAGGUGUAGAGCCCCUUUCCUUGACCAAAGGCAAAAGAAACUUGUUUCUAGGAUUGGUUUUGCUUCGGAAAAGCACUCAAUACAUGUGUUGAGAUUUUAGUUCCUGCAGUUGUGUAAGAAGCCUUCUCUCAGUUCUUGUGUAGCCUGGCAUUUGAAGGAUCUUACUCUUAGGGAUUCUGGAGCCUUU